AUGAAAAAGUUAAAACUCACAGGACUUGUCCCAGCAUGGAGAUUGUACUCACAGAACCUGCCUCAGCACCUAGGACUUACCUCAACACUGAGAUUGCACUCACAUGACUUAUCCCAGCACACAGAACAUUCCCUGGCAUGUAGAUUGCACUCACAGGACUUACCCCAGCUCUUAGAAAUUACCCUGGCACAGAGACUGCAUUCACAGGACUUGCCAUUGCACCCAAGACUUACAACAGCACUGAGAUUGCACACACAGGACUUGCACUCACAGGCCUUGCCUCAGCACGGAGAUCACAGUCACAGGACUUGCACAAGCACUGAGGUUGCACUCACAGACUCACAGGACUUGCCCCAGCACCCUGGACUUACCCCAGCAUUUAGACAACACUCACAGGUUGUGAGUGUUGUCCCUAGCAUUCAGGACUUGACCCAGCACCAAGGACUCACCCCAGCAUUUACAUUGCACUCACAGGUCAUCCCCUUGCACCCAAGAGUUACCCUAGCUCAGAGACUGCACUCACAGGACUUUUCCAGGACUUCUAACCGCUUCCUGCAUGCAUCGGAUGGAAGAGAUGCUGGAUAUGAGAUUUACGGUAGCAACAAAGGCAACUUUACAUUGCCCACGAGAGUACGCUCUCAUACUCUAACGGCUGAAUCAGCCUCACGCUACAUCCCACA